AUCUCUAAACAGUCUAACAUCACUUCAACAAAGUUCAGUGGCUCAGUUCAGUUCAGUGCAAUUUAUUAAACGCGUGUAGAUUGACGUGUAAGCCACUGUAAGCCAAUAGUUUUGUGUCUCGUGUUAUUCUUAACUAAAAAUAAUUUAUUAAAAAGUUUCUAUAUUAUAAAUAGAAGUUAACUCGUAAAGCACGUGAAAAUGGAAAACGGUACAUCGAAGUUUUUUAACCUCAAGGAAUUUCCUCACAUUGUUAGAGCUUUAGACAGAAAUCUAAAGAUACAGGAUAAUGUAUUAAAUGUCAUUGGUAACACUCCAUUGGUUAAGUUAUCGAAAAUACCUAAGGAAGAAGGUAUCCAAUGUGAAAUGUAUGCAAAAUGUGAAUAUUUGAACCCUGGUGGGUCAGUGAAAGACCGCAUUGCAUAUAGGAUGGUUUUGGAUGCUGAACAGAGAGGAAUACUCAUACCUGGUAAAUCUGUGAUUAUAGAACCAACAUCAGGAAACACUGGAAUAGGUUUAGCCCUUGCUUCUGCUGUAAAAGGCUACAGAUGCAUCAUUGUACUACCAGAAAAGAUGUCAGAUGAAAAGGUUAAUACUUUGAAAGCACUGGGUGCAGAAAUCAUCAGAACACCCACAGAGGCUGCAUCAGAGUCGCCAGACAGUAAUAUAAGUGUUGCCAAGCGUUUAUCAAAAGAGAUUCCUAAUGCUGUACUCUUGGAUCAGUACAACAACCCAUGCAACCCACUUGCACAUUAUGAUGGAACUGCUGAAGAGAUCCUCUGGUCGUUGGAUGACAAUGUAGACAUGGUAGUCAUCGGUGCGGGAACAUGUGGCACAGUUUCUGGCAUUGGGCAUAAAAUUAAAGAGAGAUGUCCCAAAUGUGUUGUAGUGGGUGUAGACCCUCACGGGUCAAUACUUGCUCAGCCUGAAGAACUUAACAAAUCUGAUGUUCAAAUGUAUGAGGUGGAGGGAAUUGGCUACGACUUUUUGCCGCGUUCCUUAGACAGGAAAGUAAUAGACAAAUGGGUAAAGACGGAAGACAGCAUGUCACUACAAAUGGCACGAAGACUCAUUAAAGAAGAAGGAUUACUCUGUGGUGGCAGUAGUGGUGCCGUGAUGUGGGCGGCGGUCCAAGUCGCGAAGAAUUUAAAGGCAGGACAAAAAUGCGUUGUACUAUUACCGGACAACAUUCGUAAUUACAUGACCAAGUUCAUCUCGGACCAAUGGAUGGAAACGAGAAACUUCAAACCUUACCCGGCUAAUGACAAAUUGUGGUGGUGGAACAAAGUUCUUGCUGAAAAUGAAGAUCUUAUUCAAGCAACCGCAUCUGUAUCACAAAACAGCUCAAUCAGUGAAGCUAUCGCUGCAUUGCGGGAGAGUAAAGCACCGGUCGCCAACAUUGUAGAUGAUAAAGGAUCGUUAAUAGGAAUAUUUACAGCAGAUAAUGCAAGGAGAAGGUUGGCGAACUUAGCGGGCAGUGUUGUCGAAGACCUCGAAAAAUUCACUGUGAAAAAAUUCUAUAAAAUCGAUGUCUCAAAUGAUUCCACUCUAGCUGCUGUGUCCAGAAUGCUCGAUAUUGCUCCAUUUGUGGUUGUUGUGAAAACAGACGCAUCAAGCAAUAUCCAGAAACCGAUUGGUGUUAUAACAUCUGAUGAUCUAUUGACAUAUAUCACCAAUAAAAGCAAUCAAUUGAAUGGGAAAUGAAGUCUUCCUUAAAAAAUUUGCAAAAAAAGUGAUAUAUUAUACAAGCCAAUAUUAUUUAAUCAAAUAUAUUCACAAACUUUAUGUUAGCAUUUAUUUUAUUGGACUCAAUGUAGAUACAUAGAAUAAAAGAAAUACAUGUUUGUAUUCUCUAAGGCUCAAAUGUACAUCUCAAUAUGACAAAUAAUAUACAUACUUUAUAACAAAAAAUGGAAUGGAAGUAGCUUUAUAUGACUGCCAACUGUACUUAAUAUUCAAUGACGAAAAUACAUACAUUUUAUUAAAGCAUUUAAUAUCUUACUCAUUCCAUAGUGCAUUAAAUAGUUAUGUAAAAUUUGAU